AAAAGAAAAAGAAAAUACAUAAAUACGAGCAAACGGGCAAAAAGAAAAAUAAACGAGCGCGCCUAGGUUUUUGUCAGAGUAAAUCUCUGUGGGAUUAGGUCGGGCGCUGGUGGAGACUGCCGUGCCACACUGGUCGCGGUUAGCGGAUUCCUUGUCUCCGGCCUUUGUUUUCUCGGGUUUCAUGCGGUUUCGUUGCUAUUUGAUUCCAUGCCUGCUACAAAGAAGAAUCUUGAGCAUAUUCACGUUGGAGGUGUAUUCAACAAUUUGAUGAAGCAGAUUGGAAAUCCUGUUGAUUUUGAACUUCCAGAUUGGUUUAACAAAUGGAAGCCGACGCCCUACACUUUUAUAAAGCGCAAUAUAUAUCUCACAAAGAGGAUUAAAAGACGCCUCGAGGAUGAUGGUAUAUUCUGUUCCUGCAGCGUUUCACCUGGAUCUUCUAGUGUGUGUGGUAGAGAUUGCCAUUGUGGGAUGCUUCUCUCUAGUUGCUCCACUGGAUGUAAAUGUGGGAGUUCAUGCCUUAACAAACCCUUCCAGAACCGACCUGUGAAGAAGAUGAAACUGGUGAAGACUGAGAAAUGUGGUUCUGGAAUAGUGGCGGAUGAAGAUAUCAAACAAGGAGAGUUUGUGAUAGAAUAUGUUGGAGAAGUUAUUGAUGACAAGACAUGUGAGGAAAGGUUAUGGAAUAUGAAACACCGUGGAGAGACAAACUUUUACUUGUGUGAAAUUAAUCGAGAUAUGGUAAUUGAUGCGACAUACAAGGGAAACAAGUCAAGAUAUAUAAACCAUAGUUGUUGUCCAAAUACCGAGAUGCAAAAAUGGAUAAUUGAUGGGGAAACAAGAAUUGGCAUAUUUGCAACCCGCAACAUAAAAAAGGGCGAACAUCUGACCUAUGAUUAUCAGUUUGUUCAGUUUGGUGCAGAUCAAGAUUGCCAUUGUGGUGCUGCUGGCUGCAGGAGAAAGUUAGGGGUCAGACCUACCAAGCCUAAGAUGUCUUCAGAUGCUGCAUUGAAACUAGUAGCAUACCAGGUUUAUCGGAAUGGAGGAUUACAUGUAGGGAGUUCGCAUAUUCGUAACCAGCAAAGAACAUGCUCCCGUAAUUGCAUUGGUGAAGUUAUUAGGAUAACUCGCCCCAUGAACGAGAGGUCCUUUGGGAUUAUUAAACGUUUUGAUAACUUUUCCAAAAGACACUCGAUUAUGUUUGAAGAUGGAGCUGUUGAAUUUCUUGACAUGACAAAAGAAGAUUGGGAUUUUGUGAGAUCGUGAUUUAAUUGUGGGGAUAGAAGGAAGAAUUUACAGGGGAAUGGCUUGCGAACUUUCAGUGGGGGUAACGGAUUUUGUUCAAGCAAAGAUCGCACAUAUGGUCGCAAGCAUUUGGAACGUGUUUCACUGUAUCAAUUAAUUGCUGCUUGAUUUGAGUGUUGCUCUCGUAAAACAUGGAUCCAGCUGCCCUGCACAUUGCGGACGAGAAUGUUGUAUACCAAAUGGAAGGACCAUCGUUGUGCUCUGAUAAAAUAAGGAUUCUGACGUUCCCCCGUGCAGAGAGUUCACAAGAAUGUUGUACCAUCUUAUAUUUUUUUCCUCUCUAAUAAGGAGUUUUUAAACCGAUUCCAUUGAUGCUUCUUAAGGUACUGCUGUUAUGUAGAAGGGAAAAAAAAUGGCCGGUAAGGCACCCUUUCUGGAUAUGAGCCAUUGCUUGUUGACGUUCCCAAAUCCCAAAAGGGGUUUAUACACUCGUAUCCAAUAAAUGAACUGUUGUCGUA